AGCCCAGCAGAAUCGGAUCCACAGUGGAUGAACAGAAAUGUGCACUCUCAGCGAUUUCUUUUCCUGCAUCAGGUCCCAGGGUGGCUCGGACAAAGACUACACCAGUCCGACCCAUCGACGGCAUAAUCUGGACGAUGAGUACGAGGAGGUUGGCAAGGACAUACGUGAGAACAAGUCCUUGGCCAGAGAUCGCCGGCGGAGGAGCGGCAAGGAGAAGCAACGUUCGGCCACACUGCCCAGUGGCAUUUCCGGUUUGGGCUCAACUUCCGGCUUUACGAGCACUUGCAUCCGUCCUCUGUCCCGGGACUUGCGCAUCUCCUAUGAGGCCAUGGAGCGGUACGAUGAGAUUUUCGGAGGUCCUGACAUCGAGGCUGGCGAGACUUCAACAAACCGACAUAUUCCAGAUCAGUUUUAAGGGCCAGGGGAGAUUAUAUAUUUAAUAUUUUAAAGAGAAUAUCCAUAAUAAUA